AUGACUCCGAAGUACGCCCUCGAAGCCGUCGAUGGUUUGCUGCGUGAUAUCAUGCAGAACGAUAGGCCACUCGACGGUUUAAAAAGACGCUUUGGAACUAUACUCCAACACGAGAAAACAAUGGUCUUGGCAUAUGCGGAGGCUGCUGAACAUUCUUUUUUUGUAAGUCUUUUUUUACUGGAUGCGCGCUUGCUACUCUCAGACACCCAAGAGAAGCAUAGUUGGUGUGAAGAAAAUGAGUCUGAUGCUCAGAUACCGAAGCUACGAUUGGAUCGUAUUAUUAACUCUACUGCAUUAAAGGAUACUUAA